AUGGUGACGUCACUGUGGCGCCCUUGGCGCCUAGCCUUUCUCCUUAUCGGAGCUGUGUAUUUCCUUCAAUCAGUGUGCACAGCCAGGGAAAUCCGUUCCCUGGAUCUUCUUUCCGGGUCACUGGAAGAAACGGAACUACAAGGAGAGAACUCUGCUUUGAUACCGGUGAAGGAGGUUGCCGAGGAAGUCGAGGAUCUAGAAACUGCGGCAUCACACCAUCAUGACCACCACCAUGAGAAGGGAGGUGGCCACGAACACCACGCUCACCACCACCACCACCACGGCCACAAAGGAGACAAGGGCCACAAACAUCAUCAUCACCACGAAAAGGGUCACCACGGUAAACACGGCAAGGAACAUCACAGUGGACACUACCACGACCACGGUGGCCACAAAAAGAAACAUCAUGACGAGGCUGGCCACUAUGGCGAACACCAUAAGGGAGAGCAUGGUCAUAAGGGGGCGAAAUACGGGGAGAAGGGUGGCCACAAGAAGGGACACAAGACGCAUGGCUACCACCACAAGUCUCACAAAGAUGAAUUUCACAAGGAACAUAAAUUCUACGACGACUACCACAAGGGAGGCCACCACCACAAACAUGGCGACUUCCACGCUCAUCAUGAUAAGAAGGAAGGUGGCCACAAGAAGGGUGGACAUCACCAUUCUGGUCACCAUCAUGAUCAUUACGGAAAGAAGGGUCACCACGACAAGGGUCAUUACGAAGAUGAACAUAAGGGCCACAAGGGUCACCACGGUCACGAAGAACAUCACGGACACCAUGAGGACUACGGCAAGAAGGGUGGUCACCAUGAUGGAAAGCACUGGGGCUACCACCAUGGACACGGACAUCACUAA